CUCUGCCAUACGAUUUACGAUCAAACGGUUGAGGCCAACAAAUUCGCCAAUUUACACUCCACACGGCAUUUUGGACCAUUUGUAUUUUACCUGGUGCUCAAUAAAAAAUUCCUCCCGUUGCUGCGUUUCUAUGCUGCUGAAGGCAGGUACAAAGACGCAGCGAAUUUGAUCCGUCUGAUCAAGAUUAUCUUUCCCGAUGAAGCCUGGAACCGAACAAUGGAAAAUGCUGAUGAUCAGACUGUGUUACAGGAAUAUGCAAAAGAGAACAAAGAAUGCGAACCAGUUCUGCAGGAGUUACUUCGAGCGAGGAGGAGCAGACAGAUGAGAGACAAAGCAAAUGCAAGCGUUUCUAGCGAAACAACGGGUGCAGACACAAGCACCAUACAGGUAAGCAUUUCUUUCGCAUUUUCAUGCGACUCAUUAGGUUCCCUCGAUUGUCUUUUCUUCUAA